AUGAGAGAGCGAGGUCAUGCUCAGAAGCGUUUCGAAGAGCAAGAUUUGGGGGCUGGCUCACGUUUGGUGGUUAACCGACGACGCCAAGAAGGUAAUCCGGUGCUGAAAUACGUGAGAAAUGUUCGUUACGAAUGGGGUGAAAUAGGAACCGAUUUCGAAUGUGGGCCAACAUGCGGAGUACUGUAUUUGGCAUUAAAGUACCACAAACUUCAUCCAAACUACAUCCUUACUCGUCUUUCCGGAAAAGAAGAAAAUAAGUAUGCCUGCAAGAUACUUUUAGCCCUUUGCAAUGUUGAUGAACCGCGGCAUACUUUACGAGAGUUGAAUUUACUGUGUUAUCGCAUGGACUGGACACUGGUACUUUGCUAUUCGGUUGAAGAAGCUGCCGAAUACAUCGAAAAUCUGAAGCUAGCAGACAACAGGGAUCCAACUUUCAAGUUCGUAUCGAGGCAUCUCACUGACUACGUAAAUCUGCGCAACUUUUAGGA